AUGUGAGGCUUGAUUUUUGGAGAGGUACCAGACGCGAUGCUGCAAUGUCAAUUAGCGAAGCAACCCGUGGUGAGGCUGGCCCAUUUACCAUUGGACUGAAAAACGACUUAGAAAAGGAGAAGAGAGACGAGAAUGAAUUGAAAUUCAUUGCUGGUGUCAUCAACCGCAGCAAGGUGAUCGCAUUUGAGCGAUUUAUUUGGCGUUUUUGCCGUGGUAAAGUUUUUGUCCGUACGGCAGACAUAGAAGAAAGCACAGAACUGUUCGAAACGAAAAAAGCAGCAGAGUCGAAAGCAGUCUUUAUGCUGUUCUUUUCCGGUGAGCAGCUAAGGUGGGUGACAUGGAAAGUGUCAUACGAAAAACCCUUGACUAUCGUAGUAAAAUCAUCUAUGCUGCGUCACUGAGC